GCGACACCCCCGGGCGACGCUCAGCGGCGGUGAGGCUGUCAUGGCGUCGCCCUUCAGUGGGGUACUACAGCUGACCGACCUGGAUGACUUCAUCGGGCCGUCUCAGGAAGGACGGGCUUGUCAGGGUUUCUGCAGACAUUCGCUUGCAUAGAGAGUUAGCGCCAGUCUUCAUGCUGAUCUGGACCUGGAGGAACUGCAUCAAGCCUGUGAAGGUGGAUAAGAAGCCAGGAAGUGGCAUCGCCAAGAUCCACAUCGAAGAUGAUGGGAGUUACCUCCAAGUGAACCCAGAUGGAAGAACCCAGAGGCUGGAGAAGGCCAAGGUCUCCCUGAAUGACUGCCUGGCAUGCAGUGGCUGCGUCACUUCAGCAGAGACGGUGCUCAUCACCCAGCAGAGUCAUGAGGAGCUGCAGAAGGUUCUGGAUGCUAAUAAGGUGGCAGCUCCCGGUCAGCAGCGGCUGGUGGUUGUUUCUGUCUCACCCCAGUCCAGAGCAUCGCUGGCUGCCAGGUUUCAGCUGGAUCCCUCAGACACUGCCAAGAAAUUAACUUCAUUCUUCAAAAAACUAGGGGUACACUUUGUCUUCGAUACUGCCUUUGCAAGGAACUUCAGCCUUUUGGAGAGCCAGAAAGAGUUUGUGCAGCGAUUCCGAGGGCAAGCCAACUCCAGAGAGGUCUUGCCCAUGCUGGCUUCUGCCUGCCCAGGCUGGAUCUGCUAUGCCGAGAAGACACACGGCAACUUUAUCCUCCCCUACAUCAGCACAGCCCGGUCCCCACAGCAGGUUAUGGGCUCCUUGGUCAAGGACUUCUUUGCCCAGCAACAGCAUCUGACUCCAGACAAGAUCUACCAUGUGACUGUGAUGCCUUGCUAUGACAAAAAGCUAGAAGCGUCCAGACCUGACUUCUUCAACCAGGAGUACCAGACCCGUGAUGUGGACUGUGUCCUUACAACAGGAGAAGUCUUUAGGCUGCUGGAAGAAGAAGGAGUCUCACUCUCAGAGCUGGAGCCUGUGCCCCUGGAUGGCUUAACCAGUAAUGCGUCUGCUGAGGAGCUCACCGGCCAUCGGGGUGGAGGCUCAGGAGGCUACCUGGAGCAUGUGUUCCGGCACGCAGCCCAAGAGCUCUUUGGAAUCCAUGUGGCUGAAGUUACCUACCAACCCAUGAGGAACAAGGACUUCCAGGAGGUGACGCUAGAGAGGGAAGGCCAGGUGCUGUUGCGCUUUGCUGUGGCCUAUGGCUUCCGCAACAUCCAGAACCUUGUACAGAAGCUGAAACGAGGCCGCUGUCCCUACCAUUACGUGGAGGUCAUGGCCUGCCCUUCAGGCUGCCUGAAUGGAGGGGGCCAGCUCAAGGCUCCAGAUAUGCAAGGCCAGGAGCUCCUCCAGCAAGUGGAAAGACUGUACAGCAUGGUGAGGAACGAGGCACCCGAAGAUGCACCUGGGGUCCAGGAGCUGUACCAGCACUGGCUGCAAGGUGAGGAAUCCGAGCAGACCCGCCGCUUGCUGCACACGCAAUACCACGCUGUGGAGAAGACCAACUCAGGCCUCAGCAUCAGGUGGUAGGGGGCCUUGAGAGUCUGAGAGCCCCAGCAGCUAGCACCAAGACUCCAAGGAAGACCAUGUGGGUAUCAGCAACAGAGAACACACCAGAGACCUUCAGAAGUCAAGGAGAGCCACAAGGAUGACUUGGAUUCUGUGCUGAAGUGGGUCACUAGCUGCCCGUGUCCUUGGCAGUACAUGACCUGCGUGCCUCUGGUUGGUAAUGUUGCUAUGGCCUGUGCACCUCCAGAUUCCACACUGAGCUCUGCAGGGUGCGAGUGCAGGCAGGAUCAGGGGUAGCCAAGGAGGCUAAAGGUUCAGUGAGGUUCCAGAUCUCUCCUGCUGGCCCAGAGCCAUGGGCAUAUUCCCUGCCCUGCCCUCUGGCUGUAGUAGCCUGAGUAUGAGCCGUUGCGUUUCUGUGGCUAACCCCUAAAGCUACAAUGUAUAGAUGGGGCAGGUAUCAAGCCUGAACCUAGUGGGGCACCUGAUCCUCCGAAAACUGGCUGUCGUCUGGGCAGUCAGGUAGCACCAAGCCUGUAUGGCUGUGAGAACUCCAUAGCUCAUCUCUCACCCAGCCUCACCACUAAUAAACAGGUCUGCACCUCUG